GGAAAAUGUGUUUUCUCUCAACUUAGGCCUGCAGGUGUGCAAAAGGAGAAAUGGAGGUCGUCUCGGUUUCACGUCUGAUUUUCUGUAUCUGUCUAUGGUCACCUAGAGGGGAAAAAGCCCCGGGUUCCUGGGGGCGAGCCCCGGGGCGGGCGUGGGAAGGUCAGCUUUUUCACCUCCUCCUUCAGCGGAUCCCCUUCGCCACCUACAAACUGGGACCCCCUCUCACACGAAAUAAUCGUGGGCUUCGCCUCCCGGGGGCCAGCGCGGAGCCCGGCCCGGGCAGGCGGCAGCAGGGGCCGCCGCGGCGCGGCUCCGGGGGCUCUGGCUCCCGCGGCGGCAGGCCGGAACCCUCGGCGCAGGCCCGGUUUCCGUGCGGGCGGUGUCGCGGCGGCAGGCCCCGCCAUGGCGGCGGAGGGAGAGGACCCGCUGGGCUAUUUCGCGGCCUACGGCAGCUCCAGCUCCGACUCGGAGACCGACGAACCCCAGCCCGACGAGCGCCAGGCGGGGGGCGGCGCGGCGGCGGGGGGCAGCCCGGGGCGGAGGCCGCGGCUGCCGCCGCCCGACGAGCUCUUCCGUAGGGUGUCGCAGCCGCCCGCCUUCCUCUACAACCCGCUCAACAAGCAGAUCGACUGGGAGAGCCGCGUCCUGCGGGCGCCCGAGGAGCCCCCCAAGGAGUUCAAGGUGUGGAAGACCAACGCCGUGCCCCCGCCGGAGAGCUACAGCCCGCCCGAGAAGAAGCCUCCGCCGCCCCCUGCGCUCGACAUGGCCAUAAAGUGGUCCAACAUCUACGAGGACAACGGCGACGACGCACCCCGGCAGGCCGGCAAAGCCAGGUUUCUGCCGGAUGAGGAGCAGGAACCCCUGGAAUCGGAUGGUGAAAAAGAUGAUGAACCAGCUUCUGCUAAGAAACGUAAACUAGACUCCGGGGAGCAGACAAAGAAGAAGAAGUUAUAAGCAGGGCAUGCUGGAUUUAGCCAUAAUGAGAAUUUCAAUGAACUUGGAUUCUGCUGGAAUGGGAAACAAAUACAUGUUUACUGAAUUUCUCUCUCCUGUCGGGUAGGGAAUUUUAUUUCUGUAGUAUGCUUGCCUUUUGGAAAGCACAAAAUUAAGUGGACAGUGUCGUGAUAGAAACUCGUCUACUGAACAAAAUUGAAACCUGUUUAUUUAAAAGAGAGUUUUAGAAGAGGGAUCCAUUGUGAUGGAUACUGGUGCUCAUGCAGGUUACAGGGCUUCAUGGUAUUUUGUUUAUCAAGAAGCCUGGUAACGUGAGCUUUUCUGGACUGACUUUUCCAUUGUGUCAAAACCUUUUAUAAAGGAGUAUAUACUAAAGUUUCUUUAAAUACUGUCCUGUGAUAUGUUUGCUAAUGUUGUUUUGAAAUGUAUGUAAAGACUGCAAAUAGGUCACUGGAAUAAAACUACAUUUGAAAACAUCUGCGGUAUAAAUAUUGCAUUGCAUGCUUGGUGAAUAGAAGGGAUGAAUUCUCUACUGUAUGCAUUUCAGUGAUAUGUUUCUUAUGACACAACAGAUUCCUCAGGGUUUUGUUUGUAAUAAACAUACAACUGCAAACUUGGACCUAAUAAUGGAGUUUAGUAUUUGAUAAUUAGUUUUGAUGUUAUGUGACCUGCAUCAGUGAAACAUGAGACUAACUGAUGCAGGAAGAUCUGAAGCAUUUAACGUAUUCUUCCUAAAACUGAGAAAAGAAUAUGUGGAAAAAAUUUACGACAAAGCUAUGAUUGAGUCUUUACUGCCAAAUAGUAUAUGUUUCCGUACAAACAGCUGAUAAUCUUCUCGAAGUCCUAGUCAGUAUAUGUUGCAUUUGUGAUAUGCUGCUACAUGGAUUUUGGGGUCUGUAUAUGAAAAAAUACCAGCAAAACUGGGUUGGAGGGAGGGUUGCUCUAGGUUUGUUUUCAAAUAAAGUUUCUGUGCCAU